CCUACAUAGCGGCACUGCCCGCCCCCGCCGCGCUCCGCCAUGGCCCUGGCACCGCCGCUCCUCGCCCUGGCCCUGGCACCGCCGCUCCUCGCCCUGGCCCUGGCCCUGCUGGCCGCCGCCGCCGCGCAGGACGUGGCGGGAGAUUGUCGCCAGUAUACGAACAGGAGCUGUGAGGAGUGCCUGAAAAAUGUCACUUGCCUGUGGUGUGCCAGCAGUAGGAGGUGCAUGGAGUACCCCGUCCAAAGAAUCCUCCCCCCGGCCGACCUGUGUGAGCUCCGCUCUGCGCGCUGGGGAGUCUGCUGGGUGAACUUUGAAGCCCUGAUCAUCGCGAUGUCCGUGGUGGGAGGAACGUUCCUUAUCAUGUUGGGGGUCUGCUGCUGCUGCUGCUGUUGUAAGAAAAAAAGCAAAAAGCCAGACAAGGAGGAUGAGAGAGCAGCCAGGGAGCGCGAGAAGAGGCGGGUACGGCAGGAGGAGAGGAGAGCAGAGAUGAAAUCACGGCAUGAUGAAAUCCGAAGAAAAUAUGGCCUGUUCAAGGAGGAGAACCCUUACGCAAAAUUUGAGAAUUAGCAUCUCCAGACCCACCAACCCCGGUGAACAGUGCCUUCUGCAGAGCCAAAAGUCUCCAGGUUUCCCCCCCCCAUCAGGAGACCACCACUUCAGCUGCCACAGAGGAUGAGCCAAAUGCUUGGUGGCACCAUUGUCCCCACUCUGGGUGCUCGAUUUGCCCAGAGCUUUGCUCUUGCCCAGCUGGUGCAAGAAAAAAUGGUGGCAAUACCAGACAGUGGCACAUUUCUUCUCACUCACCCCUGGGGUGGUUGCGGGAUCCAAAGCAAUGCAAGCAACAGCCCUUGUCCCUGGCCAAGGGCAAAAGUCACCUUUCACAUCUCCCUUGCUCCUGCCAUGCCAAAUACCAAAUACACUUCACGCACACAGAGCCAGACUCUUCUGUUUGCCUAUUUUCUCCUUUUUUUUUUCCCUUCUAGUAUAUGUAAAAGCCAGCAAGAGUUUCCUGACUUAUGGGUCAGCAGGAGGCCUUGGCCGUCACUCCAGGUGCCUGUGUUUAUCCCAACACAUUAGCAUUCCUCUCAAAGAGCACAAGUUUCUGGUAAUCUGGGGCUUCCAGGAGGAAGGUCCCACGUGAACCUUCUCACUUGCAACUAAUCUGGGGAAAUGCCCCAAAUCUCCUACCUCUCUGUGCCUUUCUAGAAAGGUGGUCUUGGGCUCGAUGGCCACAGCUCUUAGCAAUACUAUAGGUUUCAGAUGCAUUUACAAUAUGUUGACUCAAUAUUAAACUGAUUUGAUUACUA